AGAGUGUUUGUCCAAAUGUCUGUGUGUGUGUUUGGGGUGGCUGUAGCUUCCCUCUGUAUGUGAGUUGUGUUCAAAGUGGAGUCGUGAGCUGCUGGCCAAUCACAAGUCUCAGGGGAGUCCCACAGCGCUGGCCAGAGGAGAAGUGGGAGGCGGCCAAGGUGUACAUGCCAGGUGGCCACAAGACUCAUGUCAAGUUUGAUGACUUUGACAUUGCGGCUCUCAUCAACCUGAUGAGUCGCUGCACUCACUUCCACAGACUCAUCAAAGCCAGCGGGCUCCAAAAGCUCAUUGAGAGUGUGACGGAGGUGAGGAACAAGGUGAUGCACUCUCCUGACUUCACCAUGAGCACAGGAGACCUCAAGACACACCUGGAGAAGAUCACACGCCUGGAGCGGGUCCUCGAGCCAUAUGUCCCAGAGAUGAAGAGUCUAUCAGAGGAGAUUGAUAAAGGCACAGGAGAACAGAGUCUGGAGGAGUUCAAAGAGAUGGAACUGUUGGUGAUGGUGGAGGAGAUUGGCUUCAUCUCAGUGUCUUUUUCAGAUGGGCCAACAACUCACUCUGAGGACGGAUCCCAGCAGCUGAUAGUGCUGGUGGACAGUCUGUGGUCGUUCAUGGAGCAACACCAGGAUCUGCAGCAGGCACUCAGUAUUCAGAUGGCCUACCUGCUCUCUCUGAAGGAACACAAGGAGCAGCUCAUGGAGGCUCUCGCCAAGGUCCAGGAGAAUCAGAAACAGCUCUAUCUGAAUAUUAAGAAAAUUCACCAGUAUAAACGAACGAUCUUGGACUAUCAAAAACAGCUAGAAAAACAACAAGAGGAAUUAGGUCAACGGAACACUUUUGCCAUCCGUCUGGCUAGAGUGAGCAUUAUCCUGAGACUCUUAUCAGGAUAUUCCCCCAGCCUACCUGUUAAAGCUGUGGUUCUGAUUUGAUCACUCGCUUUCAACCCACCACCUCCCCUCAAGCUUCCCAUCUUCAGUUGAAAUCCUUGCCACAGACACUUUGCUUUCUUCUCUUUUUGCAAAUCUGAAACAUGAACUAGUGAAAUAAUAGACAUGUUUAAUUCAUUGGGCUACUGUUUAAAUACUUUAUAUAAUGUUUGUAUGACAACAAUUACAUACUGCAACUUUAA